UACUUUUUAAGCUGCUUUCUUGAAUCCAUAUUUCUUAGGUGGUAACUGAACAUGCUACUUAUAUCCUCAUUCCUCGUAAGUAUCUUAGUCGGCCAUGUCAUACUGCAGUCUUUUCGCUUAUUAGUGCCGUUGCACUUUCACCACCACAUUCAUCUCUCCGGUUUCUCCGCAUCUUUCUGCAACUUGUACUCCGAGUUGGAACCUCUCUGUUCCUCCCGUCUGCUGUUCCAGCUGUUCUUUUCAUUUCGCGCAUCGGGUAUAGCCUCCACCAGGUGAAGCGGCUAUCAUAACCAGUCUCGUAUCCUGAUCGACGCCCAUCAAUA